UAAGAUCACAAAAACAAAUUUCUUUUUUACCUUCCGCACCAAAUUCCCAGUUCUAGAAACUAUCCAGUAUGCCGCUCCGACGCUGCAGUGGCUGUCUACUGAUGCAGCUAAAUAACCCGUUUGUUCGAUCCAAUUUACUAUAUAGAGUUGGCUUACCGGUUACAUCAUUCGCACCUCUACACACAAGAAAGUUUAGUGAUGACAAAAAUGAUAAAAGCAAAACCAUCGAAAAAGAAAUAAAAAAGUGUGUUGAAGGUAAAUCAAAAGAAUUAUGCAAAGAUAUACAAUGUAUGGAUAAGAAAGAGAAAAAGAAAACUGAGAGUUUGUUUGAAUGUUUGGUCAACGAGAUGAAAAAACAAUGCAGGGAGAAAAUAUUUAACAGGUUUUGUAAAUCGAAAUGUGAAGAGAAGAAAGAGCCAAAGAAGAAUGAGCAGUCAAAGAAAACGAAAUGUGGAGAUCCAUGCACCAAAUUUCGUAAAAAACAGGAAAGUGAAGAAGGUCUAAAAAAGCAGCGUGAGGAAAACGAAAAGAAAGAAAAAAGAAAAAAGGCCCAGAGAGAAGCGAUGAUCAAAAAAUGUGCAAUAAGGGCCGAGAAAAAAAAAUGUAGGGAAAAGGCUUUAAAAAAGAAAUGCGAAAGAGCAGCACAAGAAAGGGAAGCAAGGUUAUCACAAAGAAAGAACAAGUGUGUAAAGGACGCGUCAAUCAAAAUGUGUGUGAAAAAGGCAGAAAAGGGAGAAAAGUCUGAUCCGCAACAAGAAAAAUGUGAAGAAGAAGCUAUAAAAAAAAAAUGUGAAGAGGACGUUAAUAAACAAAGACAACUUGUUGAGUGCCUUAUGAAAGAAUGCAAAGGUGUGCCUCCGAAAGUGAAAGCACCAUGUCCUGGAAAGAAAAAGGAAGCAGGUUGUAAAGCUCUAGCUGAUGGUGGAGAGCCUAAAACGAAGUUUCAAAUAAAACUUCAAAAAUGCGCUGAUAAUGAAAUGAAAAAAAUCUGCAAGGCCAUGGAAAUGUUAACGGACGAUGAACUCAAAGAAUUUAAGGAAAUGACUAGUUGUAUUGAUGACCGAGUUAAAAAAUAUUGCAAAAAGCAGGUGAUCAAAAAAAUGUGUGAAGAGGCUGGAGGCUGUGCAGAGAAAAGAAGAAAAGAAAGAGCUUUAAAGAAAAAGUGUGAGGAAGAGGAGCAAAAGAAAAAAUGUGAGGAAGAGGCUCAAAAGAAAAAGUGUGAGGAGGAGGCUCAAAAGAAAAAGUGUGCGGAGGAAGCUCAAAAGAAAAAGUGCGAGGAGGAAGCUCAAAAGAAAAAGUGUGAGGAGGAAGCUCAAAAGAAAAAAUGCGAGGAAGAGGCUCAAAGAAAGAAGUGUGAGGAGGAGGCUCAAAAGAAAAAAUGCGAAGAAGAGGCUCAAAGGAGAAAGUGCGAGGAAGCACAACGAAAGAAAAAGUGUGAAGAAGAGGCACAAAAGAAAAAGUGCGAAGAAGAGGCCCAAAGGAAAAAGUGCGAGGAAGAGGCUUUAAUGAAAAAAUGCGAAGAAGAGGCUCAAAGAAGAAAGUGCGAAGAAGCACAACGAAAGAAAAAGCGUGAAGAAGAGGCGCGUCGGAAAAAGUGCGAAGAGGCCCAAAGGAAAAAGUGCGAGGAAGCGGCAUUAAAGAAAAAAUGCGAAGAAGAGGCUCAAAGAAGAAAGUGCGAAGAAGCACAACGAAAGAAAAAGCGUGAAGAAGAGGCGCGUCGGAAAAAGUGCGAAGAGGCCCAAAAGAAGUGCGAGGAAGCACAACGAAAGAAAAAGUGUGAAGAAGCUCGAAAGAAAAAAUUUGAAGAAAAGGAGCGGCGAAAAAAAUGCGAAGAAGCAGCUCAAAAGAAAAAGUGCGAGGAGGCUGUUUUGAAGAAAAAAUGCGAGGAAGAAGCUCAGAGGAGAAAGUGCGAGGAAGAGGCUCAAAAGAAAAAAUGCGAAGAAGCUGCAUUAAAAAAAAAAUGCGAGGAGGAGGCUCAAAAGAAAAAGUGCGAGGAAGCGGCACAAAAGAAAAAGUGCGAAGAAGCUGCAUUAAAGAAAAAAUGCGAAGAGGAGGCUCAAAAGAAAAAGUGCGAAGAAGCGGCACUUAAGAAAAAAUGCGAAGAGGCGGCGCAAAAGAAAAAAUGCAAAGAAAAUGCAUUAAAAAAACUGUGCGAGCAAAGAGCCAAAGAAGAGGAGCUCCAGAAAAAGUGUGAGGAGGAGGCAUUAAAACAGAAAUGUUUCAUCAUGGAACUUAUGGAAAAAUGUGUAGGCGUCCCCCAGAAAAUAAAAUCUCCCUGUCCCGAGAAGAAAGCAGAACCAGGAUGUAGAGCUUUGAUUGAUAAUGAAAAAACGCCAAGCAGAUUUCAGCGGAAAGUGCAAAAAUGCAUUGACAAGCAAAUGCAAAAAAUCUGUGAAGCUUUGGAGCAUUUGAACGAAGAAGAGCGCAAGGAGUUCAAUGAGCUACGCCUUUGUAUUAAUGAACAAAUUAAGAAAAAUUGCGAAAAGAAAGUGAAAAGAAAAAUGUGUGAGGAGGCUGGACACUGCUCUCUGAAAAAGAAUAAAGGAAAGCCCAAAAAUAAAUGUAAGAAGGAGGACCCUUGUCCAAAACCAAAAAAGUGUGAGAAGAAUAAAAAAGAACCUUGCAAGGACAAAUCCAGCGCUGAGAGUAAAAUUAAAGAGACUUGCUCCAAAAAGAAUAAAAAUGAAAACAAAGAAAAUAUCAAAGAUCUUCAAGUAUUCCGAAACUGCCUUUACAAACCACUAAACGAACAAAAUGUCCAUGCGGGAAAAAAGGUCUCAAUUGUAGGCACCGGAGCUGUUGGCAUGGCCUGUGCCAUUGCGAUGCUGGCGAAAGGAGUCACCAAUCGCAUGGCAUUUUAUGAUCUGAACGAUAAAUGGUGCAAUGCUGAACGUAUGGACCUAAUGCACGGAUCUCUGCUUCUGAAUAAUGCCCAUAUCGAUGCUUGCUCUGCUAUUGAUGUAACUAACAAAUCAAGAGUAAUUGUCGUAACAGCUGGUGCUCGACCAAAGAAGAACGAAACGCGUUUGGAUGUGGCUCAAAAAACGGCGGAUAUUAUAAAGUCUGUAAUGCCAGAAUUGCUUGAGCACAGUCCUGAUGCUGUUUAUAUAAUUGUGUCUAAUCCUGCAGACGUUAUGGCCUGGGUAGCGCAAAAGGUCUCCUGUCUGCCGUACGAGCGCUGCUUCAGCGCCGGAUGCCACUUAGACUCUUUACGUUUCCGGUACUUCAUAGCUCAACGCUUGAAAGUGUCGCCAAGGUCGGUUCAUGGCUAUGUUAUUGGCGAACAUGGCGGUAGUUCUGUGCCCCUGUGGUCUACGCUUACUGUGGGUGGCAUUCAAUUACAUGCAGUCUUGCCUUCCAUAGGCACCAAAGAUGAUCCAUUGCAGUGGGGAAAGGUGCACGAGGAUGUGGUGAAGGCGGCUUUUGAUGUGAUUGCAGUGAAGGGCUACACCAAUUGGGCGAUCGGAUUGUCUGUGGCUGAUAUUGUUUCGGCUAUUUUUGAGAACAGCAAUCGCAUUAUCUCGCUGUCAACAAAUGUGCAAGGCAUAUGCGACAUUAAGGACGAGGUAUACCUUUCUCUACCAUGCCGAGUGAGCAGAUGGGGUCUCGCUGGCAUUAUGCGAUUGAAGUUGUCCAAAUGGGAAAAAAAGAUGCUGAAAAAGUCGGUAGCUGCGUUGGUGGAAGCCCAAAAUGGCAUUAAGUUGUAAUCCAUGGCAAACGGCAGGCGUCUGGAGUUUCUUAUCAAUAUUUAAAUUUUGGAAAUAAAAGGUCACUUUUUGAAAAUUCGCAGUA